AUGGGGAAUAGUCAGAGCAUUGCCGACACCUUUUUCCCAGACAAUCCAAAUCGACGCGCGAGAGCGAAAGAACUGGCAACUCAGAUCCGGGACUGGGCGGAUGAAUAUAACGAGCUGAAAAGGGAAAAGGAAGCUGUUUUCAAAAAGGCCAGGGUGAAGUUAGACAAGGUGCUAAAGGACCAUGGGUAUAACACCCCAGAAGAACUCGAAACCAAAGUCCGUUCCCAGAUCACCGACUCAGUGGAACUAAGGAGAUACGAUGCACUUGCAGCUCAGAUUAACCGAGAAGACUAUGCCUCCAGCGUAGUCUUUGAUAUUGUCGGCCUUUUAAGUGUUGGUAGCGGUGUGAUUAUUGGCGCUGCCUUCGUCUUAGGCAUCAUUACUGGUCCCGUGGGACUGGCUGCUGUUGAAGUUGUCGGUGCGUUGGCGGCUGCUGCGACUGUAUUACAGGUAAUAUGGGGAGCCUUGAGUGGUUAUAUGCAGCGAGAAAAACUUCGCGAGGCCAUCAAGUCCCUCUGGGUUAAAAGAGUUGAAAUCAAGAUUUUUCUGGAACGUAUGAGGGCAAUACAUGACUUUGGAGAGCGUAUCCUUGACCUAGUGAACGACAAUGUGCCAGAAAGGAGGGUAGUCCGCGAAUUAGAACACAAAGUGGGUUCGGAAUACAACAUAUGGACGGAAGCUUACACCAUCCAACGUCUACAUGAGAUGGAUAUUCGGAAUAAGUCCUGGAUUUCCGAGGAUCCAUCUAGUGGAAACAUUCAGACUUUCGCCUCCAUAGUCCCAGCAAAUCGCACGGGGGAGAAAGGAGAGGAGGGCGACAUCCUAUCUACCAUUGCAUUAACCCCUGAGGAUACAGGAGACUACGCAGAAAAGACAUUUUCUCUCAAAGAGGUCAUAUCAGACAGCUUCUGUCUAGCCUCAUGCGGUGAACAGCUCUGGAGAAUAGAAGCUAAGAGCCUUGAUCCUGCACAUCCGACACUGGAGAACAUUCGUCUGACUUGUGAACGGAUUCUUCCUGACAGAUCAGCUAAUGCCGAGGGAUAUUAUAAUUGUAAGUUUCAGAUACUGCACACAUCAACAUCCUGA